CUGAACUUUACCGCCACCUGGUACUGUACCUCGACUCCCGCACUCAGGUGCGGAGAACAAUGAUUGCCACCGUGUCGCGAGCGUUGCUUGCCGCUGCAGCUGGAAAGGCUGUGGCAGGUUUGCAGAUCCACGCUGAUCAGGGGGACGUGACUUAUGUGAACAACCACGCCGGCAAAAUCUUCGUGGGCGUUCGGUCGGCCCCAACGGCCGCACCAACGCUGGCGACAGGAGGAAGUGCGAUCCCAACGAUGUGUGGCCUGCAAGUUUGUGUGGCUCGCAAGAGUGACGGCACAGCUGUCGUGUGGGGAAAUCCAAAUUUGGGCGGUGAUGCUUCCAACGUGGAUCUUACCAACGUGGCAGAUGUGAUGUGUGGCUCAUACGCGUGUGUCGCUCGCAAGAGUGACGGCACAGCUGUCGCGUGGGGAUACCAUGGUGGUGACGCUUCCAACGUGGAUCUUACCAACGUGGCAGAUGCGAUGUGUGGCGGUUACGCGUGUGUGGCUCGCAAGAGUGACGGCACAGCUGUCGUUUGGGGACAUGCAUCUUAUGGUGGUGCCGCUUCCAGCGUGGAUCUUACCAACGUGGCAGACGCGAUGUGUGGCAUAUUUGCGUGUGUGGCUCGCAAGAGUGACGGCACAGCUGUCGUUUGGGGACAUGCAUCUUAUGGUGGUGCCGCUUCCAACGUGGAUCUUACUAACGUGGUAGAUGCGAUGUGUGGCGCUUCGGCGUGUGUGGCUCGCAAGAGUGACGGCACGGCUGUCGUAUGGGGAGAUGCAUCCCGUGGUGGUGACGCUUCCAAUGUGGAUCUUACCGACGUGGCAGAUGCGAUGUGUGGCGAAUUCGCGUGUGUGGCUCGCAAGAGUGACGGCACAGCUGUCGCGUGGGGGCAUGCAUCGUAUGGUGGUGACGCUUCCAACGUGGAUCUUACCAACGUGGCAGAUGCGAUGUGCGGUGGUGACGCGUGUGUGGCUCGCAAGAGUGACGGCACAGCUGUCGCUUGGGGAGAUGCAUCCCUUGGUGGUGACGCUUCAAACGUGGAUCUUACCAACGUGGCAGACGCGAUGUGUGGCGAAUCCGCAUGUGUGGCUCGCAAGAGUGACGGCACAGCUGUCGCCUGGGGAGAUGCAUCGCGUGGUGGUGACGCUUCCAACGUGGAUCUUACCAACGUGGCAGAUGUGAUGUGCGGCGGUAACGCGUGUGUGGCUCGCAAGAGUGACGGCACGGCUGUCGCGUGGGGACACGCAUCCCGUGGUGGCGACGCUUCCAACGUGGAUCUCACCAAUAUAGCAAAUCAGCCCGACCUCGUCCCCGACGCCCAGUCCGACGAGCAGUCCGACAAGCAGCCCGACCUCCAGUCCGACCGCGUCCCCGACGUCCAGUCCGACGAACAGCCCGACCUCCAGUCCGACUUCGUCCCCGACGUCCAGUCCGACGAGCAGCCCGACCUCCAGUCCGACCUCGUCCCCGACGUCCAGUCCGACGAGCAGCCCGACCUCCAGUCCGACCUCGUCCCCGACUCCCAGUCCGACGAGCAGUCCGACGAGCAGCCCGACCUCCAGUCCGACCGCGUCCCCGACUCCCAGUCCGACGAGCAGCCCGACCUCCAGUCCGACCUCGUCCCCGACGUCCAGUCCGACGAGCAGCCCGACCUCCAGUCCGACCUCGUCCCCGACUCCCAGUCCGACGAGCAGUCCGACGAGCAGCCCGACCUCCAGUCCGACCCGUCCCCGACGUCCAGUCCGACGAGCAGCCCGACCUCCAGUCCGACCUCGACCCCGACGCCCAGCCCGACGAGCAGUCCGACUGAGGGAACAACCUCGGCACCAACGCCCGCGCCGACGCCCGCGCCGACCCCAGGGCCAACACUACCCCCAACGUCGAGCCCGACUGGGGCCCCAUCGCCACAUGUGCCGAGCACGGCCGUAGGAGACCCCCACGUCACGAAUCUGAUCGGGGCUUCCUUCGACGUCAAUCAGCCGGGCGAGCACGUCCUCCUGCGCACGCCCUUCGACGAGGGCCUCCCGCCCCAGCUCGAGGUCCGCGCCAGGAUGAGGCCGGCGCCCGCAUCGCCCUGCGGCCUGUGGAUCACGGAGGUGAUCUUCGGAGGCGAGUGGGUCGGCGCGGACGAGGUCCGCGUGCGCACGUCGACCCGGGGGUCCGCCGAGGGCGAGCCCGGCCACUUCGCCCUGCGGUCGGGGCCAGGCGACGGCACCCGGGCCGCGUCGGGGUGGAGGCCGUGGGCCGCCUUCGGCAAGGGCGAGGGGGUGGCCCUGUCCAGCUACGUGACGGUCCGGCCGGCCUUCCGGGCCUUCCGUGGGCCGGUCGCCGUCAGGGGCAGGAGGGUCUUCGAGUUCCUCAUCGGGAAGGCCCGCGCUCUGGACGAGCGCGUGUCGGUUGUCGUUGCGCAGGAGACGCGGCAGGCGUCGCUGGACGUGCAGGCAACGCGCCUCGGCAGAGUGGGCGGGUCCGCCCGCUUCGGGGGCCUCCUCGGCACCGAGGAGCACGACCCAGCGGUUGAGGAGGUCUCCUCGGAGUGCGCCGCGCACCUCAAGAGCAGUGGCGCGGGCAAGGGGCCCGGAUGGGAGCCGGCGAGCAGCUCCAUGAAGGGCCAGUUGUACUCCAGCUCGACGGCUGAAGGCUCGGCGUCGCCGCGGCUCCAGGCGGCGAGCAGAAUGUCUGCGACGCUGUGAGCUUUCGCGCUGCAUCGGGUGUAGCCACGUUCAGGGGUGGCUGGGGGAGGAGAAUCCUUUUUCC